CAGGAGGAGCACAAUUAUAUAAUGUUUUUAUAUUCAUCUUAAAUAAACAUGCAUUAGCUACGCUAUAGUACUUAUAAAGAGUACUAUUAUUUAGAACCCCACAAAAGGGUAUUUCGGUAAAAUGACACACUAUCUAAACUGUCUAUAACUACCUUAAACCCUCCACAAGCCUAAAUCAUAGAACUAUAGCUAUCAUCUAAAACUACUCUUUGGUUUAGAGAGUUUACAUAUCAAAAUCUCUCUCUUUCUUGAUAAUAAAAGCAUAAAAUUUAUAAAUUCUAGAGAUGAAGAAAAGCAAGAGCUCAUCACUUCUUAUUCUUCUUCUCAUCUUGGUCCUUAUCUUUGUUAUUACCUUUUCCACAAUCUCAGUCGAAGCAAGAAAACACCAAACUAAGAAGAACAAACCACACAAUAAGCACAAAAAAGAUAACAAAGGUGGUAACAAUAGUAACAAUAAUAAUAAUAGUAAUUCUCCAUGUCCAUCUCCAGUGCCACCUCAUCAACCUCCUUCUUCUUCUGUGUCUAAUAUUUUCAAUGUCUUGUCUUUUGGAGCCAAAGGUGAUGGAGUUUCAGAUGAUUCCAAGGCACUUCUAGCAGCAUGGGAAGGUGCAUGCAAAGUUUCAGGGGCAACAGUAAUAGUUCCAUCAAAAUACAAGUUUCUUAUCAAGCCCAUAAUUCUUCAAGGCCCUUGUAUGCCUCACUUAAUUUUUCAGAUUGAUGGUACUCUAUUGGCUCCUCCAAAAAUUGGGUCUUGGCAGAAAUACAAUUUAUUUCAAUGGAUAUACUUUAAAUGGAUCAAUAAUUUCACUAUUCAAGGCACUGGUGUUGUUGAUGGUCAAGGCUCUAACUGGUGGUGUCUCUCCCAAGUUUACAACACUCAGAAGAAAUCCAAGUAUAUUCCAGACAUGAAACCUACUGCUUUGAGAUUCUAUUCAAGCAAUGAUGUGACAGUUAAAAACAUUAAAAUCAUAAACAGUCCUCAGUGUCAUCUUAAAUUUGACAGCUCUAAGAGGAUCAAAGUUGACAAUAUUACAAUAUCUUCACCAGAAAAUAGCCCCAAUACAGAUGGUAUUCACUUGCAAAACUCUCAAGAUGUUGAGAUUCAUCAUUCAAAUAUUGAGUGUGGAGAUGACUGUGUAUCCAUACAAACUGGUUGCUCAAAUGUUCAUGUUCAUCAUAUGAAUUGUGGCCCUGGACAUGGUAUAAGCAUAGGAAGUCUAGGAAAAGACAAAACAGUUGCUUGUGUUUCCAAUAUAGUUGUUGAAAAUAUUUCACUUAAAAACACUCUAUCAGGAGUAAGAAUCAAAACUUGGCAGGGAGGAAUUGGAUCAGUGAAAAAUGUAUCAUUCUCAAAUAUCCAAGUUAGUGAUGUGAAAGUUCCUAUAAUGAUAGACCAAUACUAUUGUGACAAGAACACAUAUUGCAAGAACCAAAGUGGGGCAGUGGGAAUUUCAGGUAUUAAGUAUGAUAAAAUAAUAGGAACAUUCUCAGCUCAGCCAAUUCACCUUGCUUGUAGCAAAGAAAUUCCAUGCAUAGAUGUUGAUCUAAUUGACAUACAACUAAGCCCUUCAAUUGGGUACAACAACAGAGGAUUAUUAAAACAAGCACUGUGUUCAAACUCAUAUGGGAAAUCAGAGGCACCAUUGGUCCCUUCAAGUAUUGAUUAUUGCUUAAGAAGUGUUGGUGGUCCAGUUAGAAGAACAGAAAGGUCACAUGAACAUAUUUGCUCUACUGGCAAAUACUAGUUUAAAUAAUUAAAUAAAUGGUCUAAUCAGUUUUUUUUUUUAAUUUUUAUUGUACCUUUUUAGGAGCUUCCUUUCUGCUAAAUUUUUUCUAGUGUAUGAAGGUGAAGGUGUGGUUGUGGUGUUGUGUGAUGUUACAUUAUUAUUUUAAUUAGUCUUGUAAAUCAGUACUCAGCAUUUUAAAUAAAUAAAUUAUGAGUAA